AUGACAGUAUCCACCAUCUCUGAUAACCUUAGCCAUCUCAAGCCCACAGCCCCUUCAUCAUCUUCUCACGGUAGUCAAGAGGAAGAUGAUCAUAAUGGACGACCUCUUGCCUAUGUGAUGGGCGAGACAGAGUUUUGUGGUCUUUCAUUCAAGGUCUCUGAAGCUUGUUUGAUCCCUCGACCCUGUUCCAAGAUCCUUGUGGAUGCAGCCGAAUCGAUUCUUUUAGAGGAACAACAACAACAACAUAGCAACGAGUCACUAGAACAAAAGCGUGUUUUAGAUAUUGGCACUGGAUCCGGGAAUUUGCUUUUGGCUCUCAUGCAUCGGAUGCAAAAUGUCUUUCAAGCACCCGUAAAAGGUGUGGGUAUCGACAUUAGUGGUGAAGCUCUUGAGGUUGCCAGGGACAACCAAACUCGACUCAAUAUCGCCAACGCUGCAUUCUUCGAAUGUGACAUGAGCCUUUUGGAUAGCAAUCAAGUAGGGAUGUUUGAUGUUAUCAUGUGUGCCCCUCCUUACCUUGAUGAGGUGACGCUCGAUGACAAGGACAAGGAUAUGUUGGCACAUGAACCUGCUGUGGCUGUGUAUGCUGGUGAUGGAGGCUUGCAAUGGUACCCUGUGCUCAAGCAGGUGGUGCCUAAGGUGUUGAAUCCUCAUGGAAAACUUGUGCUCAAGGUCAACAGGGGCAUGAUGGACAAAGUCAAGGACAUUAUGACGGGUUGGAAAACGGUGAAUGUGAUCAAGGAUGACGAAGGAUAUGAUCGAUGUCUUGUGCUAGAGCAGAUUUGA